AUGGCAGUCUCUCUUAUACUUCACUCAUGGCUUCUUCUCGUUCCACUCAUCCUAUCUGUUAUCGUUGCUAUCUUCAAUCUCUAUCAUCUUCUUAGCAGUCAAGCACUUCGAACAGCUCUUAACAAUCAUGUUAUUAUUCUACUUCUAUGUGUUGGUCUUAUCUCAACUGUUACAGAUUAUGUGUGGACUGGUUAUUUUUAUCGCACUGACAUUGUUCUGUCAUCUACACCUGCAUUUUGUCUCGCUUGGGUAUUUAUUAGUGCAUCUGGAUUGGUAAUAGCAUAUCUUUUGAUGGCAUGGGCAUCGAUCGAGCGACAUAUUCUUAUAUUUCAUCAUAGGUGGUUUGCAACAGCAAGAAAGCGCUUUGUCUUUCAUUAUCUUCCGUUGAUUAUAUGUAUUGUUUGGCCUUUAAUAUUUUAUUGUAUUACACUACUCAUUCUACCUUGUGACAUUCCAUUCAACUACAAUAAGAAGCAAUGUGCUCGUUACUUAUGUAUUCUUGCCAUUGAUUGGAUUGCUCUAUUGGAUAGUAUUUUUCAUUAUAUACUGCCGACGUUUAUUGUGGUUAUAUUUAGUGUAGUUCUUCUUGUGCGUGUGAUUUAUCAAAAAUAUCAGAUUCAUCAAAGAGUUGAAUGGAGAAAUUACAAGAGAAUGGCAGCUCAACUACUACCAAUCUCAGCUCUCUAUUUUUGUAUAUCAUUUCCAACAAUGCUUCUAUAUGCUGCAUAUUCAGCUGGUAUACCGCGAACUGUAGCCGCUGAUUAUUUUGCAAAUAGUAUACUUUUGUGUUUCUGGAUUAUAUUAUUCACUCCAUUUGCAAUUGUUCCAUCACUUCCUCAAUGGCGAACAAAAUGCACCAAACUCUUUCUGUUUUGGCGAGUAGAGCGUCGUGUUAAUCCAGAAAUACCACUCCCAACUCGUUUAACAGUCGGGCGAAUAAACAGAGCAGCACUUGGUCGCCAAUAA